CCAUGGUCAAAUGUACUCUGAAGUGUCGGUAAAGUAGUUUUUUUCAACUGCAGCGCUUGUGUUAUUGUGGUUAUUGUCGUUGUCAACAAGCCCAGAAGAUCGUUAAAAUGCCUGAAAAUUUAAAUCAAAAAUUGUUUUACAACACAGUAUUGUGUCAAGCAUUUUCCCCGGGAAAAAAAUUUUUACUUGCCGGGAAUAUUUAUGGCGAUGUCUCUGUCUACGAACUCUCAAAAAUCCUGGGACCUCAACAAGGUGAAGAAAAUGAGCUGCAAGGGCCAACUUAUCGUUUCGCAGCGCAUCCUGAGCAACACGUGCAAAGUAUGAUUGAAACUGAACACUUUCUGGUUACUGGAACAUCCGGUGAAAUAUCAGGAUGGGACUGGAAAGCCAUCACUUCAAACAAGGCCUCGAAAGCUAAAGUUUCUUGGACAAUAAACUUACCAUCCAAGAGAGACAGUCACGAGAAGCCGGAUGUUAAUUUCAUGGUAUACUCGAAAACCAACCACUUAUUAUACGCUGGAUGUGGGGAUAAUAAGAUCUAUAUUAUCGAUUUGGAAGGCGGAAAAGUAUUGAGAAGUUUAGAAGGCCACGAAAAUUUCGUUCACGGCAUUUCUGUAAUGGGGGGACAAUUAGCAUCUGGUAGUGAGGAUGGAACCGUGAGAUUGUGGGAUCUGCGGAAGAGAGAAAAUACGAAUAUUUUACAACCUCAUUUAGCUGAGAAAGUAGCCAGGCCAAAAUUGGGCAAAUGGAUUGGUACAGUAGAUUUUACGGAAGAUUGGCUGCUCUGUGGUGGUGGGCCGAAAUUAACCUUAUGGAACAUGAGAACCAUGGAAGCAGCAACAAUUUUCGAUCUGCCCGAUCAAGGCAUCCAUGUAUCGAGCAUCUACGAGGAAAGAAUAAUCACCGGUGGUGCAAUGUCCCACGUUUACCACCUAAACUAUCAAGGAGAAAUUUUAGCCAAAGUACCAAUUUCCAGCAGCACAGUGUACAGUAUAGUUUACCAGGAUAAACUUUUAAGCGUAGCAGGUUCCAGUAAUCAUCUCGACGUUUGUACAAAUUUCAAUUACCGCGAACUCGUGUUAAGGUUCGCUUAAUAUAAGAAAAUAAGGUACAUUAAAAAGGUUCUUAGGAUUCAUCAACAACACACUCUUUAUAUAAUAUCUUUUUAAUAAAUAUAUUAACACGCAGUACAUUUCAUGCAAUGGACAGAAAUUCUUUUUACAAAUAUACAAAACUUGA